AAACACGGCAGAUGAAACACACAACUUAAAUGUAUUAACAAAAGUAAAACAACUGUUAGUAGGCUGUAAUGAAAUUUCAAUAAUCGAGGACCCCAUUAGCUUUUCUUGUUUCCUUUCUUUUCUUCAACACUUUUACUCUCUCUCUCUACUCUCUCUCUCCACAGGUGAUUUUUGAUCAAGAUGAACGACCUUCUUUCAGAUUUCGUCACCGAUUCCAGGAGUAAACCUUCCAGAGAUGCUGAUAUUGAGAUGGGCACUCGGCUUCCAGAGAGUAACUCAGAUAUGGGAAUGGAAGCAUUUAACAAACAGAUACAAGAGGUGGAUAGGCUAGUAGAUAAGGUUGCUGGAUUACUUCAGAAACUUAAGGAUGCUAAUGAGGAGUCAAAGUCUGUCACAAAAGCAUCUUCCAUGAAAGGAAUCAGGAAGCGGAUGGAAAAAGAUGUUGAUGAGGUCGGGAAACUUGCACGGAAUGUAAAAGCAAAAAUAGAAGCAUUAAAUAAGGAGAACUUGGCCAAUCGGCAAAAACCUGGUUGCGGAAAGGGUACAGGAGUUGACCGAUCGAGGACAACCAUGACAAAUGCUUUGACCAAGAAGUUCAGAGAUAUAAUGAUAGAGUUUCAGACAUUGAGACAAAGGAUUGAUGAUGAGUAUCGUGAGGUCGUGGAAAGAAGAGUAAUAACAGUUACUGGAACCAGACCAGAUGAAGAGACGAUUAGCAACCUUAUAGAAACUGGCAAUAGUGAACAAAUAUUCCAGAAUGCUAUGCAAGAAAUGGGACGCGGACAGGUGCUAAAUACAUUAGAAGAAAUCCAGGAGAGACAUGAUGCUGUGAGGGAAAUCGAGAAAAAGCUUCUUGACCUGCAUCAGAUUUAUCUUGAUAUGGCGGUCCUGGUUGAGGCCCAAGGAGAUCUGUUAGAUAACAUUGAAAGCCAGGUCUCGAAUGCAGUCGACCAUGUCCAAUCAGGGACAACUGCACUUCAGAAAGCAAAGAAACUUCAGAGGAACUCUCGAAAAUGGAUGUGCAUUGCCAUCAUUAUUCUUUUAAUAAUAAUCACAAUUAUAGUUGUUGGAGUGCUCAAACCUUGGAAGAAAAACGGUGCUUGAGUCUUCGGUCCCCCCUCUUUAAGUUUCUCGGUCUACGUGUGCGCUAGCCUUAUAGUGAGUCGGAAAAUAGUUUACCAUUGGAUAUAUACGCACAUCAUUAAGUCUUCCCGUCAUAUUUAACUGCAACUAUUUUACGAUUUCUUUGGUAUAUGACCGCAUUAUGAUUUUUUAUGAUUUUAUUUUAUUUUUUGCGUGUAAAGUUUGAUAAUUUUCGUGGUCUUUCUGGUGUUGGUGUUGGUGUUCGAGUCUGAACACAAAAACAAAGAAACCAGUACAUUAUUGUGGAUAUUAUUGAGUUUUAAUACUAGCAAUUUUCUGUUUA